GGCUGGAUGGGAACUAGUUGCUACCGUUCUAGAUUUCUACAAGAACAGUGCCCACUUUGUAUACUGGCUCCUGUUACUGUGAAGAUCACGUACAAUAUACAUCACUGUGUUUGCCAGUAAAGGAGAAGAAUUAUAAGAAUAUCUGACAAAUUCAGUUGCGCUGAACAAGACAAUGUCUGACAUGACUGAGAACCAAACCUCAUAUGUUCUUGAUGCAAACGGAGGGGGUCUAAAGAUAAACCCGGGCACUGGGCUAUUAAAUGUGAAGGAAGAGGAUGAGACAGAUGACAUGAAGAGUCAUCAGACUGAAAUACAUUGGUCCCUCCCUGCCGAUGCAGAUAACGCUGAUAUAGUGAAACCUGAAGUAACAGAAGAUCUGUAUACACGUGAUCAGGUGAAGACUGAGGAGAAUGAAGUUCCUAUAAAUACAGCUACAGAUAACGCUGAUGUAGUGAAAGUUGAGAUAACAGAAGAUCUUCAUCUGAGGCAUCAGCUGGAUCUAGAAACCAGUGACAGUAUCAGUUCAGACGAAGACGACGCUGAUAUAGUGAAAGUUGAGAUAACAGAAGAUCUGUAUAUGUGUGAUCCGGUGAAGACUGAGGAGGAUGAAGUUCCUAUAAAUACGGAUACAGUUGAAUUUACAAACUGCAAUAAUCCCAGUUAUGCUCAGAGUGCUGAUGCUUCAUUCAAUCUUCUUCAAAAUCAAAGCCACAGACAAAAUGUGUGUUCUGUAUGUGGGAAAUCUUUUACCAGGAAAUUAUCUCUUAUCGAACAUCUGAAAAUCCAUACUGGAGAGAGAGAAUUUUCAUGUUCUCUAUGUGGGAAAUGUUUUACAACAAAAUCAAAUCUUAUUGGCCAUCAGAAAAUUCAUACAGGGGAGAAAGCAUUUUCAUGUUCUGACUGUGAAAAAUGUUUUACUCUGAAAUCAGAUCUUUUUAGACAUCAGAAAACUCAUACAGGAGAGAAAGCAUUUCCAUGUUCUGAAUGUGGCAGAAGUUUUACUCUGAAAUCAACGCUUAUUAGGCACCAUAAAACUCACACAGGUGAGAAAGGAUAUUCAUGCUCUGAAUGUGGGAAAUGUUUUGCUCUGAAAACAACUCUUAAUGAUCAUCAGAAAAUUCAUACAGGAGAGAAAAGAUUUUCAUGUUCUGUCUGUGGGAAAUGUUUCACUCUGAAAUCAUACUGUAUUAAGCAUCAGAGAAUUCAUACAAGAGAGAAAACAUUUUCAUGUUCUGAAUGUGGGAAAUGUUUUACUUUGAAAUCAUCUCUUAGUAGGCAUCAGAAAAUUCAUACAGGGGAGGAAGGAUUUCUAUGUUCUCAAUGUGGGAAAUGUUUUAAUCGUAAAUCAAAUCUUAUUACUCAUCAGAAAACUCAUAAGGAGAGAAUGCAUUUUAAUGUUAUGAAUGUUGGAAAUAUUUUACCCUGAUAGGAAAUCUUGUUACUGAAAGGGCAUUAAUCACUUUGAGAUUGUAAUAUAAAGUGUUAAUAUAUAAAAAAUAUUUUGCUAUAUA